GUAAAUAGAAGUGGAUAGAUCGUCAGUAGCGUUCAUCGAAGACGCACGUAGCGUUUCGGUGUACGCAGAAACUUGCCAUCUCGGUUUUGGAGCUGGAAAGUGACACAGAUUUUCCGUUGAGACUUCAGUGCUAUUUUAUUUUUUGUGCAGUGUCAUACGAACGCAAAAAUGGCUUCAUCACCGGUUCUGAAUCCGGAUAUUCCGUACGUAGGAGAGGUCGAUAGUGGCUUGAUGCCAGGUAAAAUGUUGAAGAUUCAAGGCAAGACGCCACCGAACGCGGUCCGUUUCGCAAUAAACUAUCAACUAGGACCGAACCUGAAUCCACGAGACGACAUCGCGAUUCACAUAUCGCCUCGUUUUCCGGAGGGUUUCAUCACGAGGAAUCACAUAGAAUCGAUGAAUUGGGGUCCUGAAGAGAACGGCGGUCCGAUGUGGAUUCAGCCUGGAGAGGACUUCGAAAUAAUAGUUUUGUGCGAAGCACUUCAGUACAAAAUCGCCGUGAAUGGAAAACAUUUCACGGAAUUUGCUCACCGUCUACCCUAUCAAAGAAUAACGCACCUGGUGAUCGACGGUGACGUCGAAGUCAAAUCCAUCGUUUAUGAAAUCAUCAAUAGCGGACCCCCGCGUUCGCCACACUUGACCAGGGCACCUGACGUUCCCGUGCCAAAUUAUGGACCACCAGCUCCUGGUGGUCUUUACCCGACAUUAGGACCCCAAGGGCUCGGCCCUGCGGGUGGCGGCAUGGGCGGUGGCUACGGCCCACCGCCCGAUGCGUAUGGUGCUCCAGACGGUGGUUACAAUCCACCGAGAGCCUACGGCUAUCAACCUGGCCACGAAAAAGCUGAGGAAGAAGAUGCUUUCGGUGGCUGCCUGGACAAAGUGGGUUUGGCGGUCGGUGGCCUCAUUGCAGCGGGAGGAGUCGCAGCGGCUAUGCACGCUAUUAAUAAAAAUAAAAAAGAGCACGAGAUCGAAAAUCAUGAGAAAACGGAUUCGAAAGCAGCAACGGAGAGCGAGGGGGGACUCAAUCUUGGAGCUUUGGGAGCUGCUCUGGCGAGUAGUUUGGCAUCGAGCGCUCUUCAAGGCGACACGAGACCGCAGUCCGGUGGUUAUCCGCCCCAUGACUCUGGCGCUGGAGGCGUUCUCGGCUCGAUCUUCGGCGCUCUAGGCGGUGGUGGUGGUGGAUCCCACCAACCUCAAGGUUAUUACCCAUCUCCGCAACAGCCAUCAGAUCCCUUGGGCGGAGCUCUGGGAUCGAUUCUCGGUGGUGUUCUUGGCGGCGGUGGUGGUGGUGCAGGGCAUCAGCAACCCGGUGGUUACGGCGGUUAUCAGCCUUCCGGAGGUUACGGUUCCCAACAGCAAGGAUCCGGUGGGGGAGGCGAUCUUUUGAGCGGACUUGGAUCGGCUCUGGGCUCGUCUCUUCUCAGCUCGGCUCUUGAUGGAUUGACGAAGCACAAAUCCGAAGGACACGACGAUCGUCAUUCGGGGCCACCCCCGAGCUACUACGGAAAUUACGGAGACAGAAACAAUCCUCCGCCGCCAACUCAUCAACCACCCCCGCAACCGUCCAGCCCUCCAGCGUCGGGGGGUGCGAAGUUUUCGGCAGCUGAUAUAUCCAAAGGGUUAGGUCUUGACGACGACGAGAAUUAGUUGUUCCGAAUCUUCGGAACUCCCGAAAUUCUCGGAUACAGUAAUUUUUCGUCGUCGAUCCUAUUAUUCCCACAUUGAGAUAAUAGAGGAAUUCAAAAAUCGACGUGCAAUCGAAUCUCCCAGUUUUUAAUCAUUUUAUUAGCAUAGUUUGUCUGCUGGAUGGAACUAGUGUUUGCGGAAAUUUAAAGAUCUGAAGCAAUUCGCUCGGCGAGCGUAUGUCAAAUUUCAGACAACGUUCAGUUUUUCUAAACAAAAACCGUGAGAAUUAGAAGCCGACGAAUUUCCGAAUUGCUAAUUGUAUUUUUAAUCUUUGUAAAAAUCACGGUUUUUUUUGUACGAUUAUUUACUGUAAACAUCGCAUUGUUUAGAUACGAAAGUUUUCUUUUUUCUCUAUUCUUGCACUUUUCAGAGCUAAUCAGUCAUGGCAUUUCUGAAUUAUUGUUUUUGAAACAUCACAUAAUUCAUUUCGCUCCCGCGAAAAUUUAAUUUGCUCGUUAAUAAGCUCCAUAACUCCAUUUUGCUCGUCGUUGCUCUUAGGACACAGCUUCUAUUUUGAUCCUUUCUCUAUACAUUCACAGAUUCGAGCUUUAAUCAAAAAUCCACUUUCGAAAAAUUGAUUCUUUCCAAUGCGUAUCGGAAACCGUCGAAUAUCGACGUGGAACAAAAAUGAUAUUGUAAUUUUACGCAAAUCAUCCAAAGAUCGCUGACUUUUCAGUUUUUAUAUAUUUUUGGAUAAUUUAACACCAGCUUCUGUUUACCUUUUACUCUCGAUCAGUGCAUGAAACAUUCUUCCACAAAGCCCUUAAAUCGGAGGUUCGAGAGUCCGAAGAUGUGCUCACCGCUGCAGUUUCCAUUGUAACUUGUCGGGAGCUAAGAAUGAUUUUAAAUACAAGAGCAUAACAAUGUCGUCUCUAGAAUUUUACAGUUGCCUGUAAGAAUUUUAUUAUAUUUUUAUAAAGAUUUUCGUGGCCUUCAAUAUGCAUAUGAAAGCUCUCUAAAGUUAUGAAACACCCACGUCGUUAUCGCGUCUUCACAAAUGACGGUUCAUAGUUUAUUGAAAAUAAAUAUUGUAAAUUUAUGAAUAUAUACGGAGUUUGUGCGCUAUGGAUAUUAGUGAAAAAUGAAAUGUAUUGUUGUGGAAAAUGUAAUGAGUUCGUGACAGAUUUCAAA